GUGUGUGUGUGUAACGUCUCACACACAGCAGAGGAUAGAACAGAACCUAACUGCGUUUUCUUUCUUUAAAUCUAAAAGACAUGAAGACUCGUCUGGAUUGUGCUUUCAUCUUCAUUCAGAUCUUUGAAGCUUGUGCAGAGUUGGUCUUCAAGCGUCUGACAGAGGGUCAGUCUCUGGGGCUCUCCUGCCUCCCUCAGGAGGAUCAUGGCCCCCCUGUAGGCCUCCACCUGUACCAUCGCGGGGUUCAGACCCAGACCACCCUGCUGUCCUUGUCUGCAGCCAGAGCGGUUAGGGUGGACCCGGAGCGUCGGGAGCGCCUGCAGCUCAGUGGAGGUCUGGACUCCAUCAGGAUCAACGUCAGCAUCUCUGACUUACAGCUGAGUGACUCGGGGCUUUACACGUGGGAGCUGAGUUACAGAGAGAGGAACAUCUCUGAUCGGAUGAUCCAGAGCGAGCAGAAGGUUUUCCUUCUGGUUGAAGGAGCAGGGAGACCUCGCACGUGCGCUCACAGCUGCACCCCUCUGCUCUGGACCAUCACUGCUGCUGCAGGACUUCUGCUGCUGGCCUUCAGCUGGAUGAUCUUAGAGAGAUGUGUGAAGUUACGGCAUCACUCCGUGCCACAGCCCCACUCUCCCAUCUAUGAGGAAAUGAGCCAGAAGCAGCAGACCCCUGGAAGCCCCCAGAACAACCAUGAGGCCCCCUCACACCUGGAGGAAGUCCACUUCCCCGUUUACGCCAACCCAAAUGUCCGGCCACAGCAGGAGAACUACUACGCCUGUCCCAGACAGCUCGUGCUCAGAGCCUGAUGUCACUAUGACCUCAGAACUGGUUCAAACAUCCAUCCAUCAUCUAAACCUGCUUGUCCACCCAGGGUGGCAGGGGGCUGGUGCCCAUCUCCAGCAGUCUCUGGGUAAGCAGGCGGGGUACACCCUGGAGAGGUUGCCAGUCCCUUGCAGGGCAACACACAUCUAAGGACAGUUUGGAGAAACCAACCAACCUGGCUCAUGUUUAUGGACUGUGGGAGGAAGCUGUAGUACCCUGAGAGAACCCACGCACGCACAGAGAGAACAUGAAAACUCCAUGCAGAAAGACCCCAGGUUAGGAUUAGAACCCAGCACCUUCUUGCUGCAAGGCAACAGGGCUAACCACCGUGCAGCCCCUGGUUCAAACAAUAGACCGCAUUUACAAAAUAAUUAAAGGGGCCAUGCAACCUUUUUUUCAAGUUGUAAUUGUUCUAUGGUGUAUUAAAAACAUGUUCAGGAAGUUCUUUGUAAAAAAUAUUCUUCUCAGAUAAAGUGAUUUCAGCAGUUU